AUGGCCGCGCCCGACGUGCGCGACCCCGCCGGACGGAUCUGCUCGAGCUCGCCGUCCCCUACGCCUCAAGUUCCUCCUGCUGGAGCCUCAAGUCCACCUCUGCCCCGCGCCAAGUCCUCCGCCCGCACGAUCCCGCUGCUGCCUGCUUCGCUCCAUCGAGCAAUGCCACUGCCGGAGUUCCUCGCCGCCGGGAACCGCCUCCCCAACCCUCGGACUGCCCGGAUCCGCCGCGCCCGCGGGUCCCCUGCCUCUGCAUCGCGCCUCUGCCCGUCUUCUGCAUCGCCGUGUUCUGCUGCUGCUUCUGUUGGAAACGAGCAGCGCCAGCUCGCCCGUUCGCCCGCGCCUUGCGUUGGCAGCGACCACCUCCACGCGCCUGGGCCAUCUCCGCUUCGCCCGUUGACCGGUCCACCUCUCCACCGACCGGGCCUUGGCCAUGGUGAGCAGAACCCCAACGCCGCCUCCUCUGUUCCUAUUGGGCUUGGCCCGAUUCUGCUACUGCGGAUGUCCUGCGCCCAGUAG